CACUGCACGCCCCUCGGCUAUCAGAGCCGCGCUCCCAUUGGCUUAACGCCUACAAGGCGGGAACUAAACAGCCGGAAGUGGUCAUUUUCGCUCCCUCACUACUUCCGGUGCACUGUAUUCACCCGUUAUACGGCGGCACUGAACGGUGUUAGACCGGCUCCGGCCGUGCAGCCGGGAUGUAAGCUGUAGACGGUCACCUCCUCCUGGUUUCGGUGUAAAAAAAAAAAAGAGAAAAAGAAAGAAAGAAAAACUAAAAUUAAUAAGAGACUGAGAGUAGAGAGAGUGUGUAGUGCAGGCGGGUUCUCUCUGCAGACAUGGCCUUUGAGAGCCUGUUCUCCAGACCCCCCAACCCAGCCCCAGACACCCACAUGACAGAGUGUCAGCAUGCAGGGGACGAAAGGAAGGAGGGAGAGUUGGAAGACGGCGAAAUAGAUGAUGCCGGGUUUGAGGAGGAAGAACCAGAAGAAGUGAAGGAAGAGGCCAAAGAGGAAGAAGAGGAGCCUCGGGAAGAGAGGCCCCAUAAAAAGUCCAAGAAGUCGAAAAAGAAAGUGAAAGUGAAGAAGAAACACCGCCACAAAACCAAGCACAAGCGCAGCACACCAUCCAGCGACGAGAGCUCGGACUACAGCUCGGACGAUGACCACGCGGAGAGGCCUCGCAAGGUUCCCAAGUACCGAGAUUACGACUCCCAUUACAGACAUCAUGGACGUGGCGGUUACAUGUCCUCCUCAAAGUCUAUGCACAGCAAGAAAACCCCGCCUGACUAUGACAGCUACAGCAACUACAGCGAUGGCAACUACAAUGAAGAAGACGAGGACUUUAAUGAGCAGCUGAAACACUACCGGCAAGCGAAGGAGAACCCCGACGUGGGUGAACCUCCUUAUAAGAAGCCAGCCAUGAAAGGGAUGCCGACAGGGCCAGAACAGAAAGGGUACUACUAUGGACGGGGCCUCGGGCCACACAAGAAGACGAUGCAUAAAGACCGAGGCCGAGGAAGAGGGUCUCAUAAAGGGCUGAACCCUUAUUAUCAAGAUGGCUUCCAAGAGGAGAAUAAACAUGGGAAGAAAUGGGUGGCGAUGAGUCAAGAAUUCAUCAAUCAGCAUACAGUGGAACGCAGGGGGAAGCAGAUCUGCAAGUACUUCUUGGAGGCCCGAUGUAUAAAGGGAGACCAAUGCAAGUUUGAUCAUGAUGCCGAGAUAGAAAAGAAGAAAGAAAUCUGCAAGUUUUACAUACAAGGUUACUGUACAAGAGGCGAGAACUGUAUUUACAUGCAUAGUGAAUUUCCGUGCAAGUUUCACCAUACGGGGACAACGUGCUACCAAGGAGAACACUGCAAAUUUUCUCACGACCCCCUUACUGACGAGUCCAGAGAGCUACUGCACAAGGUUCUGAACACGGAAGAAGAAGCGCAGCACGACAUGGAUGAGGAGAUGGAGGAAGAGCCGCAUCAUGGGUCAAAGUUUUACAAUCAACCGUACAUGCAGUACCAAGGAAAUCACCCGUCUUUGUACAACUCUGAGCCCCUGCCUGACCCGGGGCCCCUGCCGCCACCUCCACUGUAUGGGAACUCAGGCGUGAAUGCAUCGUUCAACUCCUCCGCAGGCCACGGUAUGAACCAUCAGAGAGAAGGUCCCAGUGUCCACCCACCGCCAUACCACCACAGUGCAGACGAGCAGCCGCACGGAAUGCAGCAACAAAGCAGCUAUCAGUCUGUACAGAGUGCACCUGCCUACUAUGAGAACUACUACUCCCAGCAGGCCGUUCAUAGCGUGAAACCUUCCAGCGUUCCUGAAUCUAUGCAUAAAGUUUUAUUUUCAAGAAUUGGAAAAACGAUGGACGGCGGAGACACGAGUCAACCUCCGCCACAGAGAUCCAUGAGUAGAGAAGAGGAUGAAUUUGCAAACUGGUAUAGCAGUGAGGAAGAGGACGGUAGCGGCGUUAGUUCGAUCUUAAAAACCCUGCGGAACCAAACCAAACUGGCCAGGAACAACUCCACCGAGCAGCAGCCGCCGGCCCCUCAAGUAUGCGACCCAAGGCUGGCCAAAGACAGGGCUGUUGGUGGCCAGCCAUUCGAUCCUAGACUAAGACUUCACCCGGGACAAAGUCCCGGACAUCACGUGGAGAGUGCCACAUCUGAUCCCAGAAACACACGGGACCCCAGGAAGGUUAAACUGGAGACCUCUGCCGUUAUCCACCUUCCUCACUCAGGAGGUAGUAACAUCAAGCCGAGAGGGAAUGAUGAUGAGGAUGAGGAUGCCGAAAGGGAACUAAGAGAGAAAACCGCAGUCAUACCGUUAGAAACCUUACCAGGGGUAAGUCUAAGGGACCCGCGCUGUAAGCUGAGGCAAUUCAGCCACAUUAAAAUGGACAUUGUACUGUCCAAACCCAACUUUGCAAAACUUAUUGUGUGGGCACCUGAGGAUCUACUCCCAGUCCCCCCUCCAAAACCUGACCCAGUGUCCUCUAUAAAUCUUCCAUUGCCUCCACUAAUUGCUGACCAGAGGCUUAAUAAAUCCAGGCCCCUGGUCACGGAGGUGCUUCAGUCCGGGUCUGACCCAAGACUGGAGAGGGUGGAUCCCAGACUGGAGCAAAAAGCGAAACAAGCGAUCAUUUCAGUCAAAGGCAGCUACGUGGAACCAGCAGCAGCAGCAGAUUCGCAUGUGACAAUCCACAAAAUGAGCGACCCCCGUCUCCAAAAGAGCCUUCAGUCCCGACUUCAUAGAUUCCCCAGCAAUGACAGCCAGCCGAGCGCAGCAAAGGAGUCCUUGCCACCUAAAGUUGACCCCCGCUUGGCAGCAAGAUCAUCCAUAAGUUCACCACCAACAUCCGUGAAGCCUGCCCAAGAAGUCCUUUCAUCAUACGCUCCAAAAACGUCCCCUUCUGGCAGCAGAUUGGGUAGUCCUGUGUCCAUACUGAAAAAUAUUAGUCUGUACAGGCAACGAGACGGCUCCACGACAUCAGCAGAUACCGUUCCGACUUCCGUAGGAGAAAACGGAGACCAUGAAAAAAAGACUGAGGAGGCGGGCAAGCCCAGCAAAGACGAAUCCGAGGAAACGGAGGAGAAGCCGCAGCUGCCCAUCGGAGAACCCACUAUUAAGAGUCCGGAGGACAGUGAGGAUAAGGUCGACUGCCCCGCCGACAAAGAGGAGGCAACAGAUAAAAACACCACAGCACCGGUGCCCGCCAUUCACAACCUCCCCGUCUCAGCGUUGGCGGGACUCAUAAGGCCUCAGUACAGCGAUCCGAGGCAGAACAAACCAGCAGCUCCAAGCCAAGACCCAGAAACCAAGGCAGAGGGCGAAGGUGACGACAAGCCGCUGAAAGACGUUUUCAAAACCUUCGACCCCACGGCUUCUCCAUUCUGCUAGCGGCACUCCAGUUUCUUAGGUUUUUGUAUUUCCUGUCCUGUGCCGGCCUCUCCCCUUCUCCGUUAUUUAUUUGUACAUUAAACCACGCUCCUCCGCGCCGCUCCCCGUGUACAUUUCUGCCGUGCCGGCUGCAUUUCCUUCCUGUGGUAUUGUAUUUUUUAUUCCUAUGCUAGUGGAUCAUGUGAUAGAGAAAGCGACAUAACGGGCUACAACCAAGCACUUUCACUGUAAAUAGGGCACAAUGUGGAGAUUAUACGUGUAUAUGGUAUGUGCUAUGCUCAUGACGGUGUAAAUUAGAUAUCUCCGCUUAUAAGCAAGACUGGGGGGGGUAUUAAAGGGGUGUUCCAGUCUGGGACAUCUCUAGGCUAUGCCAUCAGUGUCAGAUAGGUGCGCCUCCCAGCUCUUGGACCCACUCCUUACUCUGGAGUAAACGGAGAGCAGCCGCACAUGCGCCGCCACCCUCCGUUCACCACUAUAGUUGAGCGCUGGCUUAGAUUUUUUUCAACAGUCCCAUAGUGGUGAACGGAGAUGCGGGACUUCUGAAAAUAGUCGGGGGACUCCCAUAGAGAUAAUUGGACAGCAUGCCACGCGCAGCAUUUCACUUUGGGACCCCCGUUCUCUAGAUAGGUGCGGGUCCUACCUCUGGGGUCUGCUCCUGUCGACAUUGAUGGCAUAUCCUUAAGGUUCAUUUUGCUUUACUACAUACGGGGGCUUAUACAGAAGUGUUACGGCUGUAAAUGACAACGUUCAGGAUGAAUUUAAAGGGGUUGUCCAGGACGUCAAUAGUGAUCGGUUUUCUUGAGGAUAGGCCAAUAGUAUUGGGGGUCCAACUCCAAACAGCUGCCGCAGCGUUUGGGCCCUCUCCCACAACCUGUCGUAUCCGUCAGUGAAUGGGAUUGAGCUGCAGUACCAAGCUCAGCCACUAUUCAGCGCACGGCGCUGUCUGAGGAGUCCGACCCCUACCGCUCCAAUACGUGAUACUGUCGAGCUAACUCCAUUGCACAGCUUGUUACAGGGCAGGACUCGGAUUCAGCGUAACGGGACUGUGGAUGCCAUCAGGAUAGGUUCUCCGUUCACUGGCAAGAAGAAGAGAUCUUGAAACUGAUAAGGAGUUGGCAUUUAAUGUGUGUUAGAAAGUUUUGACGAUACGGUUAAAGAGUGCUUUGGUGGCAUACCGCUAGGUUAUGCCACCAAUGUCCGAUAGGUGCAGUUCCCCCCCAGUGGGACCUGCAUCCUUCUGUAGUACGGGACCCCCAAAGAGGGGGGUGCACGGUGUGAUCUCAUGGGAGUUCCGAAAAGAGCUGAGUGAGCACGCUCAGCUAUAGAAGUGAAAGGAGGGUGGCCGACCUUGUUCACUUUGGGGGCCAGUUCUAGAGAUAGAUGCAAGUCCCAGAGAUGAGACCCACACCUGUCGGACAUUGGUGCCAUACCUAACCCCUUUAAGAUUCAUAAAAUAGAAAACUGUGUCGGUGGCGGAGACAAUCCAACCCUUUGAUGACCAAACUGUCCUCCAGCUUCUGCGGUAGGUGUAGCAUCUGUCGACAGGUCCCGGUUGUUUCUAUGGGACUCUUCAUCUGUUGGGGGAGAGACCUCAACAAAGACGACGAUUAGGGUCUGGCCUGAUAACACAGUUCGCUAUUCACUUACCGCCCUUUUCGAGUGACCUGGUAUGGCUACGUCAGCUCCCUCUAGUGGUUACUUUCUUCGCUGUUCAAAAUGGCUGAUGUUUGAGUCUCUCUCUUGUAAGUUGAGUAGCUGGCCCUCAGCUCUUCCGGGAGGCUCUGCCCAGGGGUGGAAUAUACAGUGUAUAGGCCAUAUGUAGUAAAGCAAACUGCAUGGGAUAAUGCAUUGAAGAGGCCCCGUCCCUACUCCCUGUCAUGUCUGGUUUAGGAACUACUUGCAUUCCCCUUGUAAUAACAAUUCUGGAGCAUCAAUUCUUAUGAGACUAUGUUUUCUCCUUCCUCUGUUAUUCCUGCUAGAAUUUUAUGAAUGAAUUGCUAGCGGUCUACCGUGGGUACACCGGGAUGUUCAAGUUGGGGAGCGUGUCCUUGCACAGUCUGACACUAUCCAGUCAGACUGGUAACAACCAGUUAGGCCUUUAUUGCAGACUGGUAGGGAUAAUAGAGGAAUGGAACAACCAGGCAAUAACUUCAUGAAGGUAACAGGCCCCCAAAGAUGUUGUUACUGCAUGUAUAUUCUGUAAAUGGAGUAAGGGGCAGCUCCCCUAUAAAUGCUCGAAAUCACUCAUAAACAACAAUGGCGCGCACUGUAAAAUCCCGCCCCUUUGUAAAAUCAUGCCCACGUAUUAUCGGUCAACCGCCUUUUAAGCAAUUUUAUGAAGUAACUGUAAAGUGAACAGAAAGUUCUAGAAUCAUGUGAUCUUCAAGGAGAGAGUUUGCCGUUAUUUUUAUGACGACGACUACAUUUCGUUCCGGCCGUCUUUAUCGUGUAUAGUGUAGAUGGUGAUGUAUUUUGCAUGGCAUUUUGUACUUGCCUAUUUUUUGUGUAUUUUCCGUACUUAUAAAUUCUGCUGUUUUAACUGAAUGUAUAUGCUGCGACGUUUCCCCGUUUUAGUGCACUGCUUUUUUUUAAAAAAAUUUUUUUUUUGUUCAUGGUUUACGGCUUGUAAAACUAUUAUUGGAAAUAUAUGUCGUA